UUGUCUUUUUCUCUCUUUCAGAUUCUAAUAUGUAUGCCCAUUACGUUUUCAAAGCCUUUGACGUCAACUGCAAUGGAGCAAUUAGUUUUAGGGACUUACUCGUAACAUUGUCAACACUUCUUCGCGGUUCGAUAUACGAACGUUUGCGGUGGACGUUCAAAUUAUAUGACAUAAAUGGCGACGGCUGCAUCAGUCGGGGCGAGUUGAGUGAAGUCGUCAUGGCCAUCCACGAUCUGAUGGGCCGUAAACACCACGCCGAAGAAGAACGUAAAACUCGUGAACAAAUUGACAGAGUCUUCCGGAAGCUCGAUCUCAAUCAAGAUGGCGUCAUCACCAUCGAAGAAUUCAUGGAGUCGUGUCUCAAAGAUGAGAUGAUCACGCGAUCCUUACAAGUUUUCGAUACCGUGCUGUAAUGAUGGUCAUUGUGUACUCUUUGACAUAUUUCUUUGUGAUUGUCGUUAAUAAUUAUCGUUGUUGUGAAAGAGAAAUACGAGUGUGAUAAUGCUCAACUGUUAUUGUGACGUAGAAGAACUUGUUUCGGUCCAAAAUGGCGGCUAUCAUGUGUUAAUUUUUAUCCAAUGUUUUCCAUUAGAUGUGUGCGAAGAAGAAGACUUCGAGGAAGUAGAUAUAUGAAAGAAAACAGUAUUUUACGGCUGUUAGGUAAGAGGACCAUGUUUUCUCUGAGUAUUGUAAGGAUGGCAAGGAUAGACAAUGAAGGCAUAUUUAGAUUGAUGAUAAAUAAGAAUGGAAGAGUGUUCAUUUUGAUGCAACUGAAAAAAAAAGCAAGUUGCCCGUCAUGGUUUCGUUUCAUUUUGGAGAAUCUUCUAAUUAAUUACGG